AUGAUUCUGCAUUGGUGGCUCGAUUUUCUCUCCUGGGUAACUCGUGCUUCGUGUUGUCAACUGUUAUCAACAGUUGUCAACAGGAAGAACUUCUGCCUAAAAGCUCUCGGGUGCACUGCCAAGCCGGUCCCCGCCAUUUAUGAUCUCUGUCUUCCCCGUGUCAUCGAAGCUGUACAGCACCCGGCUGAACGCCCUGAAAAUCUUCGUCGCUGUCAUUUCUUGAAGAGGGCGUCUCUGAUUGCCGAAUGA